UCUUCGCCGCCCAUCACGCGCCAAUUGCCCGGCACAGCCAUGUUACGACCGGCUGCCUCGCCCUGGAGGAACUUCUCGCGCACAUCCGCCGCUGCCAUACGGCGGACGCCCUUUGCUGCGCGAUGCAUCAACAUAUCGGCCACCAGCUCCUCCACCGAGCCCGCGCUGCAGCAGGCAGUCAGUGUUGAGGGCACCGCGACGCCCAUGCACACACCAGACGCCCGUUUCGAAGUCAUUGGCACCCCGUUCUCCCUCCUCUCUGUCUCCCUCUCCGCCUCGCAGACGCUCUACACCCGCCGCGGAACACUCGUCGGCCUCAGCGGAAAGUCAGAAAACACGUUAUCAACCCUCUCCUUCCUCGAGCCUCUUCAGCGAGCCCCUGUCGGCAUCCCCUUCCUCUACCAGAAAGUGUCUUCAACGAGCCCGGUCACAGCUCUCGUCUCCACAAAGGCACCCAUAUCGAGCAUCGUCUCAGUCAACAUGGACGGAAGAGAUGACUGGAUUGUUAGCCAAAGAAAUGCAUUGCUAGCGUGGACUGGCCACACUCUCAAGUUGAAGCCGCAGUACAAUGUAAAGUUGGGGCUCGCACACUGGGGAAACACAUACAUUACAGGCAGAGGAUUACUUGCGCUUGUAGGAAGCGGGCAAAUAUACCAGGUCCAGGUCAAGGCUGGUGAAAGCUAUGUCGCGCAUCCUAGCAACGUCGUAGCGUACACAGCCUCCAACACACCACCAAUUCCUUUCAGAUUCAAGUCAUCGAACCUUCGCUUUCAAGUGCCAGAUCUUGGCUUUGGCUCAAUGGUCCAAAACACCAAGUUUUUCCGCACCAUGAGCAAGACAGGCACAUGGCGGGCACUGGCAACCUCAUAUUACACUCUCAAGACAUGGUUGCGGAGAACAGUCUGGGGCGACAGGUUAUUCCUCCGUUUCGAAGGCCCAACCACUAUGCUCAUCCAGUCCCGCGCUUCCCGAAUCAGCGACGUUCUCACCCUAAGAAACGUCGACGAGAUUGCAGACAGCCCACCAGGCGCUGUUGAAGAUGCCGCCACACGGAAGAUCAAAGAAGAGAUCAAGUCAAUAGGAGAGGGCACAAAAGCACCGAUACCCAACACAGAUGCAUCGGGCACAAUACGGUAUGCCACUGUAAAAGAUGGCAAGGCCGAGUUUGAGAAGCCGAAGGUAGAGGAGGUGAAGGUAUAGAAAGAGUCUGUACCAUAUGUAUAUUUAUGACAUGGACCUGUGCAGUAUUGUCUCAAACAGAAGGCGCUGCUGUGUGAUUUGAAGCGCUCAUACCUGAAAUGAGUAGAACAUGCAUCUUUUCAACGUAUUUGCUUGAUACGUAAGGUGCAGCGGUCAUUAGUAUGGGAAGAACUAUCUCUUGGUAAUGACUGCUACUGCGGACCUUCAAACGGGUUGUCAAACUUCUGUAACGUGACGUCGGAAGCUAGCU